GUGCCUAUAAUUGCCGAUGAGAUCUACGAAGACCUGGUCUUUCCGGGCAAUCAUUUUUAUCCGAUUGCGUCGCUGACCACUGAAAUACCGGUGCUUUCGUGCGGCGGCACCACUAAAAAAUUUCUGAUCCCCGGGUGGAGAAUGGGAUGGAUUCUAAUACAUGACAAACACUCCAGAUUUGGAAAUCAGUUAAGGCAAGGAUUGAAUAGUUUGGCACAACGUCUUGUGGGUCCGAAUAGCAUAACUCAGGGAGCGUUGCCUCAAAUUCUCAAGAAUACUCCGAAACAAUUUUUUGAGUCAACCAUACAUUUCCUUCAUGCAAACGCUUUGUUAGCGUACAACGCGCUGAAAGAGAUGCCAGGCCUGCACCCGAUCAUGCCGUCGGGUGCCAUGUAUAUCAUGGUUCGGGUGGUUAUGGAGUAUUUCCCGGAGUUUGAGUCGGACUUGCAUUUAGUGGAGGCGCUGGUGUCGGAAGAGUCUGUGUUCUGUUUGCCCGGAAAGUGUUUCCAAUACCCGGGAUAUGUGCGGAUCGUAUUGUCGGUGCCGACGGAUAUGCUUAAAGAUGCACUCAAUCGGAUUGACAACUUCUGUCACAAACAUUAUCGGUCACUACUGCCCAACAAAAGGCAACACAACAUUGAGUUUGAACGGCACUCAUCGCUGGUGUCCUACCGAGUGAUCACUGAAUUCAAAGACUAA